AUGACUCUGAAUCUGAAAAAAACUGACUCAAGAAGACUUCUUCAUCAGAAAAACCCGUUUUCGCAAAUCCUCAAUCUUCAUCUGAAGACGAUUCACACUCCGAAUCGGACUCCCCUCCCACCAAUCCUCUCAUCAAGCCUCUUGCUUAGACAAUCCUCUCAAGCUACUAAGAAACCUAGAUCCAAAUCUGGUUCGGCGAAAUCUGCAACAAAAGGGACUGAGACGAGCGAGAACAACAACAAUCAGGAGUUGAAGAGGGUGAAGAAUAAAGCAGUGGAUUCUGAUGUGGUUGUUCAAGAGGAGUCGGCAAAGAAGACUGGUCAUGAUACGAAGAAGCAAUUGUUUCAGAGGUUGUGGAGUGAAGAGGAUGAGAUUGUGAUUUUGAAAGGUAUGAUUGAAUAUACUGCGAAAAAAGGGUCUAAUCCACUUGCUGAUGUAAAUGCUUUUUAUUUGAUCUGUGGUUCUUACUGA